UGUUAGCAGGGCCUGGCGACGGGCGAAUUCUUCAGUCCCCCGGGUAAACUCCCGAGCUGAGAAAUUGGUUCCGAACCCAACGGAACCCAGCGCUGGGCGACGCCGGGUCACGUGACUGGCAGCCUCAUGACGUGCGGGCUGCGAGGCGUCACCGUGACGUUUGGGCGACCUACCGGGUGGCCCCGCUACCUCCACCACCUGUGCGGUGGCGGUGUCGUCAUGGACCUGGGCCCGAUGCGGAAGAGCUACCGCGGGGACCGAGAGGCGUUUGAGGAGACUCAGCUGACCUCCCUGGACCCCAUGAAGCAGUUUGCUACCUGGUUUGAGGAGGCUGUUCAGUGUCCUGACAUAGGGGAAGCCAAUGCCAUGUGUCUGGCUACCUGCACCAGAGAUGGAAAACCUUCUGCCCGCAUGGUACUGCUGAAGGGCUUUGGCAAGGAUGGCUUCCGCUUCUUCACUAACUUCGAGAGUCGGAAGGGAAGAGAGCUGGAUUCCAAUCCCUUUGCCUCCCUUGUCUUCUACUGGGAGCCCCUCAACCGCCAGGUCCGCGUGGAGGGCUCUGUGAAGAAGCUGCCUGAAGAGGAGGCUGAGUGUUACUUCCACUCCCGCCCCAAGAGCAGCCAAAUUGGGGCUGUGGUCAGCCACCAGAGUUCUGUAAUCCCCAAUCGGGAGUAUCUGAGAAAGAAGAAUGAGGAAUUGGAACAGCUCUACCAAGAACAAGAGGUGCCAAAGCCAAAGUACUGGGGUGGCUACAUCCUGUACCCACAAGUGAUGGAGUUCUGGCAAGGCCAAACCAACCGUCUGCAUGACCGGAUCAUCUUUCGGAGGGGCCUGCCAACAGGAGACUCCCCUUUAGGGCCCAUGACCCACCGUGGGGAGGAAGACUGGCUGUAUGAGAGACUUGCACCCUGACUAACCUGCUGGCGCCAACUGGAUCUGGGGCCAGGUGCUAAGAGAGGGUGUGGGAUUGGGAGCUGGGCCCUUCUAAACUCAACCUAUUUCCCUCCUCACCCCUUACAUUUAAGGCUCUUCAGAGUUCAAACUCCAAAUUCUGUAUUUUCACUUGAUUCUCAGUUAGGUAGUCUUGUGAAGCAUAAGCAGUGGCAUAGAGAAUCACAAACGGAAAAAAAACAAACAAACCCAUAAUUAUUUUCUUGACCUUGAAUAUGAUUUAUUGGACUAGCUCCUCUAGAGGUAAUAGCUGGUGUGAUUCCCUCUUCUGGUGACACUAGGUGGGCCGGGGGCUGCUCUGUUACCACCCUGUCACUGAGUCAUACUACCCAAAGCUGACUGGUUCCAACAUAAGCACCUGAGCCAAUCUAGCCAAUCUGUUUUUUCUUGUCAACAAUUUUAAAUUUGAAAUGGAGAGACCCAGAGUAUGAGAGGCACUGUAGCCAAGUCAUUAAUGGCAGCCAAGAAGCAACAGCCUCCAGCUGCUGCUCUUGUAAUUCCCUUAGUGACCUUGGGUCCUUCUUUCCCACGUCUGGGCUGUGUAUAACACCUCCUCCUGCCUCAAAACACCCAUUAUCCCUGUUAAAAAAAAAAAAAAAAAGUUUUUGGCUUAAACUAGGCAGGAUCAAUUUUCUGUUGCUUGCAACUAAAGGAAACGUAUUUACUAAUAGGAUAUUUUUAUAGCAUUAUACCUUACUGAUAACUGCCUCCUGUUAUCUGAAGCACAACAAUGUGGAAAAGAGAUUAAAUUUAUUCUCUGGAGCUCCAAAGGACCCAUAGGUGGAAGUUGCAUGGAAGUAGAUUUCCUCUUGGUAUGAAGAGAGACUUGUAACAACCAGAACUACCUAUGAGGGAGUGGGCUACCUGUUAGGUAGCGAGUCUCUAGAAGUAUUCAAUCUCAAGUAAUCAGGAGUUUUACAUAUAUAUGUAUAUUUUUAAGAUUUUGUUUACUUGAGAGUGAACCCAAGCAGGGGGAGUGAGAGAGAAAGAAGCGGGCUCCCCACUGAGCAGGGAGCCUGAUGCAGGGCUUGAUCCUAGGAUCCUGGGAUCAUGACCCAAGCUGGAGGCAGAUGCUUAACCAACUGAGCCACCCAGGUGCCCCUAGGAGUUUUAUAGAAGGGAUUCAUGUGCUGAUACCGUCAAUCAAGCUUUACUUUUCCAUGUUUGUUUCUGAGAACUGUGUGUGUGUGUGUGUGUGUGUGUGUGUGUGUGUACACAUAUAUUGUUAUAGAGAUUACAUCAUUCUGACCACUCAUACAUCCUUCACCUACUCCCCACCUCUACUGAUGACUCCUAGACCCUGGUUUUCAUCCAUGCUGGAAUUACCCAGGGAGCUUUAAUCAUAUGUGAUUUAACUGGGCUGAGUGAGGUCUGAGCUUGGGGAAACUUAAGGCUCCCCAGGGAAUUCUGUGCAGGCAAAAGAACCCCCUCCCCACCGCCCACCAUUUGAGAUCCUUGCUACUCAAUGCAGUCCACAGACCAGCAGCAACACCACUUAAAAGCCCACCUCAGACCCACGCGUCCUGUUCUGCAUUUAACAAGACUCCCCCUCACCUGGUGACCAGAUGCCAUGUCCCCAACGGUGUCACCAGCCUCCGUAAACGUAUGACCAUUCUUCCUCACCAUUGGAUUCUUUAUGAAGCUGAUGUUUGUGCUGGACUGUAUUUGCUUUUCUUGAGUGCAAGUCUGGUGACCAAGGACAACUUGAGGGCAGCCCGGGUGGCUCAGCGGUUUAGUGCCACCUUCAGCUCAGGGCGUGAUCUUGGAGACCCAGGAUCGAGUCCCACGUCGGGCUCCCUGCAUGGAGCCUGCUUCUCCCUCUGCCUGUGUCUCUGCCCUUCUCUCUCUCCCUGUGUGUCUCAUGAAUAAAUAAAAUCUUUAAAAAAAAAAAAAAAGGGACAACUUGAAUGAAUGGCCUCCAGCCUCCCUGGAGGGGAGCCAGGCUGGGUAAAUGUUUACUGUGACUAAGCCAGAAUCAGGGAACUCUUACUUGUGCACGCUUGCAUGGAACUCACCAACUCUGUAAACUGUUCCAUUCCACUGCGUGGGUGUGUGCUGUACUUCAGGGUCUGUCAUUAACUGACUCCUGCAAGGGUGGCCCUGUAGGUGAUGAUCGCCCCCCUUUAAGCCUGAGGGUAGGAAGGUACGAUGCUAACUAACCCUGUGGCCACCAUAGGCAGGGUGCUGGGGUGCCCCUCUCUACCUUGUCUUGUUAUUGGGAGCUAUGUAUCCCCCUUCACCCCCAGCUCUGAGCCUGGUUUCAGCUGUUCCUUUCCUGUUUUUGACAAUCACUGUGCCAAGUCUGUAAUAAAACCUCGUCAGCCGUGUGUAA